AAGCGCGUCGAACUGACCAAAGCGGAAUGCCAACAAUAAUAAAGCAGCGGCAACAACAAAAAAAAGUCAACGCAACACAGUAUUUUUUCGGCAACAAACUAAUAAAUAAAAACUAUUAAAGAAACUAAUACAAAUAGUGUUAAAUCAAUAUAAUAGGAUAUCAUAUAUAAUACGAUACAAAGAAACGACGUAAAUUCCGCGGCACGUGUGUGGGCGGGGGAGGUGAGGCGCGCUGCUUUGGAUGCUACGCAAUAAUUCAACGCUACGCAAUUUCAGCUGCUGCUGACGCUGCGGUCGCUGGCGCUGCCGCUACGCACCUGCUAAACCAGAAGCGCUGCUGCGACCAGCACCGUCGUCACCGUCGCUGCUGACGUGUGCAAACGAGAGCGAAACGACGACAGGAUAUUUAACAACAACAACAGCAAAAACAGUAACAACUACUGCUCACACUACAACAACAAGAGCAACAAACUGCACGACAAAAUUAACGAAGUGUCAGUACAAUUGAACGACACAACGUAUGCAUACACACACACACACACACACACACGAACGCACAGUCGCCCUAGAACAAUCAGAAGCGAACGAAGAACACAAAUUGCAGCUACAAAAAACAAAAUGCAGCGAAUUGCAUAAAAAAUCCUGCUUAAGAAUAAGUGCACUCACAGACACGCUCUCGAUCACACGCACACACGCACAUAGAAGCGCGACAAAGCAAAAGCAGAGAAAAAGAAAACACUAAAAAAAGGGCAAACAGUGCGCGCACAAACAAGGUGGAAAGUAAAAAAGUUGUUUGUCAACUUGUGGCGUCCAUUGCACACACAAACAUUCCCUCUGCAACACCCAGCAGCAACAGCAGCAGCUCCCCUCAAAUGUUGCAGCAACAAAGUGUCUGGCUGUACUGCUACUGCUACCAAGUGGAAAUGCAAGUCCAGUGUGCAUGCAACAGCGCCUGCGGCCAGUGCUAAGCAAUAGCAGCGUAAGAAGCAGCAGCAGGAGCAGCAGCAGCAGCAUUAGAAGAGUGCAGCAAUAGAAGAGUGCAGCAGCAGCAGCAGCAGCAAUCCCUUGCAGCCAUGUCAACGGUCACUCGCAGCGCCAGCGCCAGCCCCUGCAUGGCCCUCAAUGGCAUCAUCGACGCCAGCCUCUUCCCCCUCAAGUCCACCUCGGAUGUGGUCAAUCUCUUUAGACGCGCCCUCACCAGCGCCAUUGAGCCCGAUCUGACGCUUCUCUCCAUCGUCGUUGGCUACAUUGAGCUGUCGCUGACCACCGGCGAGGCGGCCCAAGCGGCGCAGGCAGCCCAAGCUGCUCUAGGUGGCAGCAAUGAGGUAAUCAUGGGCAACAGCGUGCCCUUUCCCGUGGUGACCCACGAGCUGAUUGCCGGAUUGUACAAGAAGUUCCAGACGAUAUUGUCAGUGGUGGACAAACCGAAGCCACAUCGCCAGGCGACGCGGGAGAUCAUCAAGAAGGUGUCGGACGUGAUCUGGAACUCGCUGAUACGCAGCAGCUACAAGGAUCGAGCCCAUCUGCAGAAUCUGUACAGCUAUCUGUCCGGAAACAAGUUGGAUUGCUUUGGCGUGGCGCUGGCCACGACCGCCGGCUGCCAGCUGCUGGGCUAUCGCGAUGUGCGCCUGGCCAUAUCCGAGGAUCAUGCGUGGGUCGUAUUCGGGCAGAAGCACGUGGAGAGCAUCGAGGUGACCUGGCAUGGCAAGGGCAGCGAGGAUAAGCGUGGCCAGGACAUUAGCGCCGGCAUUGAGUCCGGCUCGUGGUUGUACCUGGGCGGCCUGGCCGUCAUCUGUGAGCGCGGCAUGGAGGUGGCUGCCAUCUGUGUCGCCUUAAAUAUAUCGCUCAGUGCGAACAGCGAUUGCGUUGAAGUGGCCGAGCUGCAGCAGCAGCUGCUGUGGCUACUCUACGAUCUGGGCCACCUGAAGCGCUACCCCAUGGCGCUGGGUCUGCUUGGUGAGCUGGAGGAGAUCAAUCGGACGCAUCGCAGCAUCACCUGCGAGCAGCUAUUCCGCGAAGCAAUCGAGUCCUCGCGCAACUACUAUCACAAUCAUCACGUCUAUCCGCACAUCUUUCAGGGCAACUAUUACAAUCGUUUGCUCAAAUAUCGCGAAGCCUUCGCCGCCUGGGCGAAUGCAGCCGACGUCAUACGCCUGUAUACGUAUCAGUGUCGCGACGAUGAGGAGAUCUACAAGGAGCUGCUGGACAUUGCCAAUGAGCUUAUACCCUAUGUGAUGAAGACAGAGAGUUCGGGCCAUUCGGCUCGCAGCAUUUUGCGUGAUGCGGAGGUGUUUGCCAAUUUGUUGCGCUUCUACGAUGGCAUCUGCCAGUGGGAGGAGGACAGCCUAACGCCCAUUCUGCACAUUGGCUGGGCCAAGCCGCUGGUCACGAACAUCACCAAGUUCGACUAUGACAUACGCUCCCAGGUGGUCAUCAAGCUGCCCGAGGAUGUGGAGGCCGAACAGGCAGCAGCAUUGGAGGCUAAGAAGAAGGCAACAGCUGCAGCUACAGCCGCAGCAACAGCAGCAGCUCUCGAGGCGUCGCUUCAUGCGGAGGGCAACAACAACAAUAACAACACGGUUGUUAAGAAGGAUGAGAAAUCCAAAUCGGAGUUGCCAACCACUUUGGCGGAUCUUACAGCUGCUUGUGGCGAAAAGAUAUUGAAUCCCGAUUUUCUGCUGCAGGGCGGCGGUCAGCCGUUCGCUGAUCAAAAGCAACAGGCGGUAGCCGACCAAACAACGUCCAGCGAACUGUCGCACAAUAACAACAACCACAUCAACAACAACACCAGCAGCAGCAACAAUGCUGAAAAGGAGGCUACAACCAUAAGCAACAACGGCAACAAUGAGGCUAACAGCAACAGCAACAGCAACAGCAACAACAACGAGCAACAACAACAGCAGCAGCAGCAGCAGCAGCACAAAGAAGCCAAAGUGGAGGAGAUCAGUCAAGUGGAGCUGGCGAGCAGCAAACAGCCAGCAGUUGUUGAUGAUUACGAUCCAUUCGAGAUAAUGCUUAAACGUCCAGUGAUCACGUUGUAUAGUCAGAAAAUGAAAGGGCUGAAGGAUCUGCUGCUGGCCGAGAAGCUGAACACGCAUGCCAUUUCGCUGCAGGUUACCGCCCAGUCGGUGGCAUCACGCAAGGUGCGUGGCAGUGGCACAGAUAGUCGGCAGCCGGCGACCAUAUCGGCGACUAUAACAGCUAUAGCCUCGACAGAGGGCGCGAGUAUUGGAGGCAGUGCAACGAGUGCCGCAUCAACCGAUUCGUUUGCGCCCACGCGACCGAAGCGAACAAGGCGCGAGUAAACAAAAGCAAAAACAAGAAAAGAAAACUAAAAACCCAGUUGAAGUAAUUUGUAGUGAUUUGUUGUUUGUAAUUAUAUUAUAUAUAUUUAUAUAUGUAUGUAUAUCAGAUAAUGUAAGCUCAGCCCACAAGCGAGCAACGAGUAACACAGAUAUCGCAUGCGAGUAGAACAGUCGCUGUAAAUGGAGGCAACGAAUGCCUCAGUUUAACAGCGAGCUUUUACUGAGCAGGGGCGAUUGCUUUGUCUUAAUAGCGAAUUGCUUACUCGUUGCCUUUUGUCGGUUGACGCUAUAAUAUUAAUCCUUUAUUAUUAUUGCAUAUAGAUAUGCGCUAUCAAUAUUUUCGAUGUUCGAUGUGUAUUUAUGUAGUUUGUAAGCGCAAAACAAAUACCGUUAGAGAACGCUUAGCGUUUUAAAAAAAAAAGAGACACACACACAUAUACCAACUCUCUUACACACACAAAUACUUAUAUGAAAAAGCUCUCAACUAUAAAAAGAACCUGAUCUUGGCCCAAAUAAACGAGUAAGAGCAGCGAUUGACUCACUCGUUAUUUGUGCCAGAUCUGUCAACGUAUUUCUAGCCUGUUAAAGUAAAUAAUUUAAUUAAUUUUUUUUUUCUAUUUAUUAAUGCAACUUGUUUACAACCACAAAAACUUUGUUUUACAUUUUAUUGGUGCUCUACUUGAAACAAAAAGCAAAAAUUUCAAAUAUCGAAAGAUGCAUGAAAAUGAAUGAUAAAAAUAUGAAAUGAUUGAUUGCAACUACCCGAUGCAUUCAAUGAGGCUAAGCUGUUUAAUUUACAGAUUGUAUACAAUGCAUGUUUGUAUUAUUAUUAUAUAUCUAUAUUUAUAUAUUAAUAUUCAACUUACAAAUCUAAACAGAUCAACAGAUAAAACAUAUUUAACACUUCCUCUCUAUA